UCUAAUCCCAAAAUAUAUUCAUCUCAAAUAUAUUCUUGAACAAUUUUUAUUUAGGAGAUGCCAUGAAUCUUUUUCAUUCUAAUCUCUGGCAUCUUUGUCAUGUCUUUUUUUUUUUUCAGUGUCAUUCAUUCAAAAUUGAGGUAGAAUUCCCUUUCCUAUCUUUUUUUUUUUUUUUUUUUUGGCUAAAGAAAUGGGGGUUAAGUGACUUGCCCAACUCGGAAGUGUUAAAUGUCUGAGGCCAGAUUUGAACUUAAAUCCUACUGGCUAUCUAUUCUAUGGACUGCAUCACCUAGCUUGUCCUCCCUUUCCUAUUUUUUAAAUGAUUAAUUUCAUUUUCUGUGCCUUUUUCUUUCUUUCUUUCUUUUUUUUUUUUUUAAUAACUUUUUAUUGACAGAACCCAUGCCAGGGUAAUUUUUUACAGCAUUUUCCCUUGCACUCACUUCUGUUCCGAUUUUUCCCCUCCCUCCCUCCACCCCCUCCCCCAGAUGGCAAGCAGUCCUUUACAUGUUAAAUAGGUCACAGUAUAUCCCAGAUACAAUAUAUGUGUGCAGAACCGAACAGUUCUCUUGUUGCACAGGGAGAAUUGGAUUCAGAAGGUAUAAAUAACUGGAGAAGAAAAACAAAAACGCAAGCAUUUUAUAUUCAUUUCCCAGUGUUCUUUCUUUGGGUGUAGCUGCUUUUGUCCAUCCUUGAUCAAUUGAACCUGAAUUAGCUCUCUUUAUCAAAGACAUCCACUUCCAUCAGAAUACAUCCUCAAACAGUAUCGUUGUUGAGGUAAAUAAUGAUCUCCUGGUUCUGCUCAUUUCACUUAGCAUCAGUUCAUGUAAGUCUCUCCAAGCCUCUUUGUAUUUAUCCUGCUGGUCAUUCCUUACAGAACAAUAAUAUUCCAUGCAAUUCACAUACCACAAUUUACUCAACCAUUCUCCAAUUGAUGGGCAUCCACUCAUUUUCCAGUUUCUAGCCACUACAAACAGGGCUGCCACAAACAUUUUGGCACAUACAGGUCCCUUUCCCUUCUUUAGUAUCUCUUUGGGGUAUAAGUCCAGUAGAAACACUGCUGGAUCAAAGGGUAUGCACAGUUUGAUAACUUUUUGAUCUAUGCCUUUUUCUUGAAAAGAUUUUUCACUUUCUCCUCUUUAUCUUUCUCAUCAUUGAAACCUUUUAAUUUUGGAUUCAUGGAACAUACACUAAGUUAGAUCUUUUACAUUCUCUGUGAAUGCCUUACAUUAGGAAUUUGGGGGCAUUUCGGUUUCUGUUUUCUUUUUUUUUUUUUUUAAUUAUUUAUUUUAUAUUUUGCCUCAGUUACAUCCAGAUCUAAUUUUUUUACAUUUGUUUUUUGAUUUUUGAGUUCUAGGUUCUUUCCCUUAUUCUCACCCACAAUGAUGAAAUUACAAGUGACAUUAUGUAAAACAUUUCCAUAAAAGUCAAGUUGUGAUGGGGGCAGCUAGUUGGUGCAGUGGAUAGGGCACCAGGUCAAAUGUGAUGGGAUUCUGUCACCAUAUAUUGGGGAAACGGAGUUUAGGACCCCAAAAGUAUAUUUGGGUUAUGGCAAGGUGUCUCAGAAGCAAAUGUGAAUUUAGAUGACCAGCUCCAGAAACAAAGCUUUUCUUAUGCUGCCCGUGGCAGGCUAAAACCAUAUGAACUUUAAUUAAGAAAAGGGAAUUUAGUAGCCUUCAAGGCGGGAAGACACAACAUAAGGCACAAGAAGACAUUAAGGGAUGAAUGUGAAUCCUGGGGGAUCUGACACUGUUAAGAGGUACAUCUGUGUAAAGUGGGUUGGGUCUGGGGAGAAAGGGGUAAUAACUGGGGAAUCAGGAAGGGCCUCUUUGCAGAAGUAGCCUCUGAGCAGAGCCCAAAAGGGAGGCAGAGGGGGAAGGCAGGCACACCUUGGAUACAGGGACAGCCCUGGUUGUGUUACCAAGCAGGAAGAUCGAUUAUUACUGAAGGGCAAGAGUGAGUGGGAGGCCAGUGUGGCUGCAACAGAAGGGAAAGGGACCUGUAUGUGCAUGAAUGUGUGUGGCAGCCCCCUUUGUAGUGGCCAAAAACUGGAAACUGAGUAGAUGCCCAUCAACUAGAGAAUGGCUGAAUAAACUGUGGUAAAUGAAUAUUAUGGAAUAUUAUUGUUCUCUAAGAAAUGACCAACAGGAUGAUUUCAGAAAGGCCUGGAGAGACUUACAUGAACUGAUGUUGAAUGAAACGAGCAGGGCCAGGAGAUCCUUAUAUAAUUCAACAACAAUACUAUAUGAUGAUCAAUUCUGAUGGACAUGGCCCUCUUCAGCAAUGAGAUGAACCAAAUCAGUUCCAAUGGAGCAGUAAUGAACUGAACCAGCUACACCCGGCGAAAGAACUCUGGGAGAUGACUAAGAACCAUUACAUUGAAUUCCCAACCCCGAUAUUUUUGCCUGCCUGCAUUUUGCAUUUCCUUCACAGGCUAAUUGUAUAAUAUUUCAGAGCUUUUUGUACAGCAAAAUAACGGUUUGGUCAUGUAUACUUAUUGUGUAUCUAAUUUAUACUUUAAUAAAUGGUCAUCCUGCCAUCUAGUGGAAGGAGUGGGGGGGAAAGAGAUGAAAAAUUGGAACAAAAGGUUUGACAAUUGUCAAUGCUGUAAAAUUACCCAUAAAUAUAACUUGUAAAUAAAAAGCUAUUAAAAAAAAUUUUUUUUUAAAAAGAAUCCUACUUUAAGCUUCUGAAAAGGUGUGAUUUCCCAGAGUUCACACUUCCCACAGGUGAGAAUUUCUGUCCUCAGAGGAGUGGAUAAAGUUUGCCAGAACCUGAGAGAUAGACCUUCCUGGAGGCAGACCCAGCCAACAGAGGCAGCAGCAUAGAGCAGCUGAGGAACUCAGCCAUUGAAGAGACAUGGAGAAUGGUGGCACUCUUGCUGGUGAAGGAGCUAAAAGUGACUGGAGCCUGUCCAAGGGCCUACAAGACCUCCUGACCUGCCCAAUCUGCAAGGACUAUUUCAGUGACCCUAUAACAGAGGAUUCUGGGAACACCUUCUGCCGGAAUUGCCUCCCUCCAAAAUCCCAGCCUUCAUACCUCCAUACCAACAGGAAGAUGCAGAGCAUGGUACAGGUGGCCAAGAAGCUAAAGCCUUGCCUGGAGCAGUCCCAGGCCCUCAGAGAGGGAUGGUGCCCCGAGCAUCAAGAGUGCUUGAAGUUUUUCUGUAGAGAAGAUAAUGAGAAAAUCUGCAUUGUGUGCAGAUACUCCAUCCUUCACCAGGGCCAUACCCUGACCCAGCUGCAAGGCCUCUACCCAAAACAAGAGGUAAAUCAGACAGCCCAGUGAUCUUCUGGGGCAAACAAAGUGAAGAAGCCUGUGUUGUGGCUUUCAGGAGAAGGAAGAAGUCAGCAGGGGAACUGCAGGGACUCCCAGGGAAGCUAACAAGGUUUGUAUUAGAACUAUUCCUACACAGCCUAUUACACAAGGAUUCUCUUUUAUAGGAGAUCAUAAGACUCUGCG